CACAGCCCUCUACCCAGAUUCCAGGUGCACCCUCCUGGCACCUUUACACGCUCAUGCUGACACACUUCCUCCCAGGUCCCAGGCACCUGCCAGAUAGCAACACCAUGAGCUUCGUGGCGUAUGAGGAGCUGAUCAAAGAGGGUGAUACGGCCAUCCUGUCACUGGGCCAUGGUGCAAUGGUAGCGGUGCGUGUGCAACGUGGGGCACAGACCCAGACCCGGCAUGGUGUCCUGCGGCACUCAGUAGACCUCAUCGGCCGCCCCUUCGGCUCCAAGGUGACCUGUGGCCGAGGUGGCUGGGUAUAUGUGCUGCACCCCACGCCUGAGCUCUGGACACUGAACCUGCCACACCGCACCCAGAUCCUCUACUCCACCGACAUUGCUCUGCUCACCAUGAUGCUGGAGCUUCGGCCUGGGUCUGUGGUCUGUGAAUCCGGCACUGGCAGCGGCUCCGUGUCCCACGCCAUCAUCCGCACCAUCGCGCCCACAGGCCACCUGCACACCGUGGAGUUCCACCAGCAGCGGGCGGAGAAGGCUCGGGAGGAGUUCCAGGAGCAUCGAGUGGGCCGCUGGGUGACGGUGCGCAACCAGGACGUGUGCCGCAGCGGCUUUGGUGUGAGCCACGUGGCAGAUGCUGUUUUCCUGGACAUCCCGUCUCCUUGGGAGGCUGUGGGCCAUGCCUGGGAUGCCCUCAAGGUUGAAGGUGGGCGCUUCUGCUCCUUCUCGCCGUGCAUCGAGCAAGUGCAGCGCACCUGCCAGGCGCUGGCCGCCCGCGGCUUCUCGGAACUGAGCACCCUGGAGGUGCUCCCGCAGCUGUACAACGUGCGCACCGUCAGCCUGCCUGCACCUGACCUGGGGGCUAGCCUGGGGCCCGACGCCGGCCCCUUCCGCAGCGGCACACCCAUGAAGGAGGCCGUGGGCCACACGGGCUACCUGACCUUCGCCACCAAGACCCCGGGCUAGUGGGCCUCCCGCUGGGAGCUGCAGGGAGCCGAGAACCCGUGGAGGGGGGCCGGGGGGCAGCUCAGCCACAGGCCACCUUAUAUGGUCAGUGCACGCCUGCCGGGGCCUGUGUUUAGACAGAACAUGUGGCGGGCGGGCGGGGCGGGGCU